AUUUAAACAGGGAACUGUAUUGUUUUAAUUAGUAUAAUAAGAGUUUUGAAUAUCUCAGGUUGUUAGUUGUUUUAAAUACAAUAUGCUUAUUUAGAACAGUUGAAGAUUGAACUUCAUAUUCAUCUAGAUUGUUCUAUUCGAAUUACAACUAUAUGGGAUUUAUUACAAAAGAAAAAAUUAUAUCCAGAAUAUAAAACAUUGGAAGAACUUACUAAAGUUUGCCUUAUUACUAAACCGAGCUGUCUGAAGAAUUUCCUUAAACCUUGUGAAAUUAUUAUUUCUGCAAUUUCUGGUGAUCCAGAAGCAUUAGAAAGAAUAGCCUAUGAAUUAUGUGAAGAUGAAGCAAAAGAAGGUGUAUUAUAUUUUGAAAUGCGUUUUUCUCCACAAUUAUGUUGUUCUUCGCCAAAUCAAGAAUCAAAUUUAUCUGCUGAAGAAGUUUUAAAUUCUGUUAUUAAAGGCAUGAAUAAAGGUCAAAAAGAUUUUAAUAUCAAAACAAAAAUUAUAUUAUGUUGCAUCCGAGGCCAUCCAGAAUGGUCUCAAGAAGUUUUGGAUUUAUGUGAAAAAUAUCAAAAUGAUGGAGUAGUGGGAAUAGAUAUUGCAGGUGAUGAAGCACAGGAACUUGCAUCUCCAACUGAUAUAGAAAUUUAUAAAAAGGCAAAAGAACUUGGAAUUCAUCGUACAGUUCAUGCAGGGGAAGCAGGACCUGCAUCAAAUGUAUCUAUAGCUAUACAUGAAAUGUAUACAGAGAGAAUUGGUCAUGGCUACCACAUUUUAGAGGAUGAAGCAAUUUAUGAAAAUGCUCUUUCAUCAGGGAUACAUUUUGAAAUUUGUCCAUAUUCAAGUUAUUUAACAGGAUCAGUUUCUCCAGAAAUUACACAUCCAGUUGUGAGAUUUGCAGAAGAUAAUUUAAGUUUUUCAAUAAAUAAAGAUGAUACAACUUUAAUUGGGAAAACUUUAGAUGAAGAAUAUGACUUACUUAGAAAAAUUGGCUUGAAAGAAGUUCACUUUACACGAGCUGUAAGUUUAAUAAUUACUUAA